AUGGAGCGCCACCGCGCCGAUGUUGUCGCUGCAGUGAAGCUUCGCCGGCGGCUCCCCGGGCUCCGAUGCAGCAUCUCGCUGGUGGCUCUAGGAGCUCAUUUCGUCCUAAUGGGCGGGCCCAUGCGCUAUGCCUUCAGCGAAGGCUCUAUCAUUUGCCGUCGGCGCGUGGCAAAUAGGAGAUCUCACCUGGGAGACCGGGCGAGGCAAGCAACGCGCGCUAGAGCGGGACACCUCAUCGACUGCCUCAACAGCGAGGAACGCAAGAGCACUUACGUGUUCCAUGGCGACUUGCCCCCGUACGACUACACCACCCAAUGCGAGAAAGUCGUCGCAGUGCCGGUUCUGAGAACGUCUCUGCAUGGCGGUACAACUACAAACCUGCUUCACGACGUCGUCCCUGCGCUAAAAAAAGGCUUCGAGCUUAGGUGGUCGAGGUCGGCGGUGGUGAGUGAGUGCGGGGGCUGCGAGAAUGGCGGGGGUUUGUGCGUCCACAAGCGGGAGGCAGGGAAGAAGUCUUGGACGUUCACGUGUGUGACAAAUGCUAGUGCCGCUGCAUUGGUCGUCGCACCCAAAUCUCCAGUUAACAAAGAGGGUACUGUACUGAAGAUUGCAUUACCAAUAAUUGCUGGUCUUUUGAUUCUCACAUGUGCAUCUUUUGUAUGGGCAUACAAGUUAAGAGGCAAUAUUGAUGUGAAGGUAUUCAUCUUAGGUGAACGGAGAAUCAGCAAUAUUCAGAACAAUGCUACACGACAACCCUUGGACAUAUUCACGCUCAAUGAACUUGAGAUAAAUAUAGAGCUUCCGUCGGUUAGUUUUGAAGAGAUCAGUACUGCAACAAAUAAUUUCUCAAACAACAACAUGAUUGGCAGAGGUAGUUUUGGAGUAGUUUAUAAGGGGAUUUUCGGAGGCGGAAAGGAAGCCGCUGUAAAAAGACUCAGUAAGAUUUCUAGGCAAGCGGCCGAUGAGUUCAAAAAUGAGGUGAUCUUGGUUACCAAAUUGAAACAUAAGAAUCUCGUUCAGCUUCUUGCCUAUUGCGCUCACGAGGACGAGAAGUUGCUAGUCUACGAAUACCUGCAUAAUAAAAGUUUGGAUGCCUUCCUUUUUGACACUACAAGGAGAUCCAUACUUGAUUGGCCAACCCGGUUCAAGGUAAUUAAAGGGCUUGCAAGGGGGCUUCUUUAUUUGCACGAAGAUUCAAGGUUGACAAUAAUUCAUAGAGAUAUCAAAGCAAGCAAUGUCUUGCUAGAUGCAAAAAUGAACCCCAAAAUAUCUGAUUUUGGUAUAGCAAAGAUAUUUGAGGGAAAUGAGCCACAAUCAAAAACUACCCACAUUGUCGGGACACUCGGUUACAUGUCUCCUGAGUACGCAACAGAAGGUUUCUAUUUUGUCAAGUCUGACACCUAUAGCUUUGGUGUCCUACUGUUGGAGAUUAUAAGCGAAUUAAAGAUUAGUUCAGUCCAUGUCAUAGCGGAUGACUCACCAAGCCUUACGGCUUAUGCGUGGAAGUUAUGGAAAGAUGGAAAUGCGAGAGGAUUGGUGGACUCGUCAAUUGUGGAAAAUUGUCCACUUGACAUAGUCGUUAGAUGCAUUCAAAUAGGUCUUCUAUGUGUUCAAGACUAUCCAGAUGAUAGGCCAUGCAUGUCAUCCAUUGUCUCCAUGUUGGAAAAUGAAACAGUUCAGCUUCUUCCUCCGAAGGAACCUUUAUACUUUCGACAACAGAACCAUGGAACAGGAGACCACGGAGAUAAUGUGGGCAUGUCCGUGGAUGACAUUACUAUCACCGAGGUAGAGGCCUGCUAG